UACUCCUAUCCAACAGGGCAUCGGAGGAGGAGGUGUUCCUGGUAGCCAUCUUGGAUGUGCGGAGUGAUUGUUUAGCGAGAAGAUUUUUUUUUAAUUUAGAAAAAUAGCCUUUAUACUGAAACGUGGUAGAUUUAACGUAGUUGGACAACGGAGGAAAGAAAUCGUAACUCGGGAAAAUCCAGUAAAAGAAGGCAUGAAGACAUCAUCCUAGUCAUCAGUCAUGGCCGAUAAAAGGAAACUACAAGGUGAAAUAGAUCGAUGUCUGAAAAAAGUAGCGGAAGGAGUCGAACAGUUUGAAGACAUUUGGCAAAAGGGCAAGAUUUGGAGAAGUGAAGGACAUCUAUCCAAACUUCACAAUGCAGCGAACGCAAAUCAGAAGGAGAAAUAUGAAGCAGACCUCAAGAAAGAGAUUAAAAAGCUACAGCGUCUCCGAGACCAGAUCAAGACGUGGGUGGCAUCCAACGAGAUCAAAGACAAAAGGCAGCUAGUAGAGAACCGCAAACUCAUAGAAACGCAAAUGGAGCGGUUCAAGAUAGUGGAGAGAGAAACCAAGACGAAGGCGUACUCUAAAGAAGGGCUAGGUCUGGCCCAGAAGGUGGACCCGGCCCAGAAAGAGAAGGAGGAGGUCGGCACGUGGCUAACGAAUACGAUAGACACGUUGAACAUGCAGGUGGACCAGUUUGAGAGCGAGGUGGAGUCCCUCUCAGUCCAGACGAGGAAAAAGAAAGGAGACAAAGAGAAUCAGGACCGGAUUGAGGAGCUGAAGAAGUUCAUUGAAAAGCAUCGCCACCACAUCCGGAUGCUGGAGACCAUACUGAGGAUGCUGGACAACGACUCAGUGCAGGUGGACUCCGUCAGGAAGAUCAAGGAUGAUGUGGAGUAUUACCUAGACUCAUCGCAGGAUCCGGACUUCGAGGAGAACGAGUUUCUCUACGACGACCUGGACCUGGACGAGCUCACUCAGACGCUGGUCGCCACCUCCCCACCCGGACAACUGGAGGAUGAGAUCUUCCAGCACUCCAGCAGCACCCCAACCUCCACCACCUCCUCCUCACCCAUCCCCCCCUCGCCUGCCACUUGCACUACGGAGAACUCUGAAGAUGACAAGAAGAGGGGACGCUCAACAGACAGUGAAGUCGGUCAGUCACCUGUGAAGAACGGAAACCCAUCUUCAUUAUCCUCUUCCUCCUCCUCCUCCUCUUCUUCCUCCUCCUCUUCCUGCUGCUCUUCUUCGUCCGUCUCUGGACUGACCUCGUCCUCGCUUGUCUCCAUGGCGCCCAUCAUGGGGGGAGGACCCGGGGCCAACAGUCACCUGGGUAGCUUGGGGGGCCUCCUCUCCAACACGUCGGCCGGCAGCUACAGCAACGCCACCCAGCAGCCGCCGCACCCGUCGGCACAGCAACAGCAGGCCAAGAGCUUAGUGAGCUCCGCCCCCUCAGCUCCCAUCUCCAUCCCCAUCAGCUCCACCAACAGCCACAUGGCCUCCUCCGCCUCUUCUCCCCCCAACGCCAUCACACAGGGGCUCUUCACUUCCAGCUCCCAGGCCCAGUCUAUGUCGGGGCCCACCUCCACCUCCAACAGCCUGGGCCUCAGCCUGGGCCUCUCGCUGGGGAAAGGCGGCAUGUCCAUCCCCACCAGCUCCAUGUCUGGGAGCCUUGGCCUGUCAGGGAUGCAGGCGUCCCUGAGCAACAUGGCGAGCCUCCUGUCCGGCUCCACCCCCGCCCCUUACGCUCAGGCAGCCUCUUCAGGGGCCAUAGGCUCCGGCCUGCCCGGCUCUCUGGGCGGCAUCGGCAUCAGCCCCUCCACCUCCAACAGCGCAGUGGGCUCCAUCGGCAGCGGCAGCAUCACGGUCGGCGGGCCGACGUCUUCAUCGGGGGGGCUGCUGGGCCCAGCGCCGGGGCUGAGUGGCAUCAGCUCCAGUAUUCUGGGUCUGGGCUCCCAGUCGGGGAUGCAGGGGUCCUCCCUCAUGUCGCUGAGCCCGGUCGGAGGGUUGGCGCCGGGAAGCGGAGUCGGAGUCAUUGGGAGCAACGGAGGCAGCUCGGGAUCAGCAGGGAGUGGAGUGGUGGGGGGGAACAUGUCGCUCUCCGGCAGACCGCCCAGCCAACAGAAGCAGAACGGUAGCACUAGCGGUGUACCCUUUGUGUCUUUUUUCGGCGAUACAGGUUACAGCGCUGUGUUAGCAGACAGCACAUCAGACUCCGCCCUCACCAGUGCCAGCCAAUCACUCAGCAGCCAACCGUCGUGUCUGACCUCCACAGCCAAUCAGACUAAGGACACUGGUCCUAGUCUGCUGGGCUCUAUCUGUUUGUCGUCCAGCUCCCCGUCACAGGCCUUCUACAGCGAGGCCAAGACGGUGAGCGGCGGCAGCCUGCUGAACGGACCCAUGUCCUACUCUCAGUCCUCCGACAGCAUCAAGCCCCAGGAGACUCUGAGCAGCCUGAAGUCCAUGGCCGAGCGAGCAGCACUCAGCUCAGGGAUGGAGGGAGACGUGCCCUCCCUGCACCUCACCCCAGUCUCUCUCCCUUGUCUGUCUUCAGACAUCUUCCCCAGCAGCACUACGACCCAGUCGGGCCCCCCAUCAGCGCCUCAGCUCCCGCUGUCAGAGGUCAGCAUCCCCCCGUCACUUGGGGUGUGCCCACUGGGGCCCGUCCCCCUCUCCAAAGACCAGCUCUACCAACAGGCCAUGGAGGAGGCGGCGUGGACGCACAUGCCCCACCCGUCCGACUCCGAGAGGAUCAGGCAGUACCUGAUGAGGAACCCGUGCCCCACCCUGCCUUUCCACCACCAGGUGCCCCCGCCCCACUCGGACACUGUAGAGUUCUACCAGAGGCUUUCCACAGAAACCCUCUUCUUCAUCUUUUACUACCUGGAGGGCACUAAGGCCCAGUAUCUGGCAGCCAAAGCCCUGAAGAAGCAGUCGUGGAGGUUCCACACAAAGUACAUGAUGUGGUUCCAGAGGCACGAAGAACCCAAGACCAUCACGGAUGAGUUUGAGCAGGGAACGUACAUUUACUUUGACUAUGAGAAAUGGGGCCAGCGCAAGAAGGAGGGCUUCACGUUCGAGUACCGUUACCUCGAAGACCGAGACCUCCAGUGACCCGCAGCGAAGAACACAGAAACACACACACACACCCACACAGGUGAACAGACGGACAGCUGAGGAAGUGCGAGAGGGACAGACGGAUGGAGAAGGCUGCUCCACCUGCUGACAUUCCUCGAUUUGUCCUCGACUCGUUGGGGAGAUGGACCCUGCCUCAUCAUCCUCCCCCCCAGCAGGGACCCUUUCCCACCCUGUCAUCCCUCCCCCUCCUCCACCUCCAACCCUCUAUCAUCAGGCCUUUUAGUCCCAUCUUUUCCUGAACCACAUCUCUUCAAACAACAAGGCUUUGUAUUAGCACAAAGAAAUCACAUCUUUAUAAUCCAACUAUCAUGUGCUUUCCCCCCUCCUCCAUGUUUUCUUUUUCUGUUGGCUUUAAAACGUUAGCUUAUAUUAGCCCCUUUAAGAACCAAAGAUGAUUGGUUGAUCACACAACGCUGGCACUAAAACAGGGAUCAGCAGCAGGGCAGGAUGCAAGGGAAAUGUGUUAUUGGAGUUUUGUAAAUUCAGCUAGGUUAGGGAGAAGUUGAUACGAACUGACUGGAGAUCAGCCAUGACAAGAGCUUAACGACCCGUAAUGUAUCCCGUGAAAACCGAUAUAGUUAGCUUUUGGUCUCGCAUGUUCUCCACUAUAGGUAAUAAACGGAGUGUUUGUUAUUUAGAGCGCUUUGCAUACCUAAUCAAACGUAAUUUUUGCCGUUAUAUCAUUUUUUCAGUGGGUCGAAAGACACUAGUGGUGCUGUUGUAGACGUUUUUAGAUGACUUUUGAAAUUCUGUAUUGUUUAAUAAUUAGAAAAGCACCAACCCAGAGACUCUCUGCUGCCCACGGUCAGAAAGGAGUCAUUAAAACCUUCUUUUUUUCUUCAAAUGUGUUAAUGGUGACUUUGUGCUAAUAAAUAGCUUUUGGAUUUAGGAUUUUGAAUAAACCAACGCUAACUACCGGGAAAUGUGAUUAAUUCAAUCAGUUUGUGCCCAAAAAUGCAUCACGUCCCGAAACGUUCACAUUUAAAAGCGUGUCCGCCAUUAUUAUUUGUUUGCAGUGAUACAAACGCUUUCCUCCCCCUAAAGAAAAGCCUGUGACAGCGGCUACAUUUUAAAGGUUUGGGUCGUUAAGUUCUUGUAAGUUGUCUCAAAAACAAAAAAAAGCUGACUAUAAUUCUAUCGAAAAACACUAUCAACCUUUUAAAAUGGUAGUUUAAUAACAUUCUCCUUGUUAAUCUUCAUCACCUCAACACUGCUGAGCGUCUCCAACUGUGCGGUGGCUCUAUCGCAGACGUAACACCAACACAUCGUCUGUUCCCCAGCGUAGAAAAUAAACCGGCUCCCGCCUGCCAACUGUGGUUAAACGUUGGUCGUAGGUGGCACCACAGGCCUGUCGCUGGAGCAGGAGAAGUAGCUGCUGCUUCAUUUUGGGAAUCCUCCAGCUGCGCCGGUAUUAAAAUCUCCUUCCCUGCUUCCUCCCAUCGAGCAGCGUGGUGAAGUGUGACAACACAGAGGUGAUGGUAGUAGCUUCUUCCAUCUGUCGGGCAGCUUAAUGUCACUUAUAGAAUGUCAGAAAUGUCUUUAAAGUUCAGCAUUUUUCCCACAGGCGUUCACAAAUGUCAGCAGUUCACCUCGCUUCUUUAAGUGGAAGCGUCAAUUCACCCAAUUUACAACAACAUUUAUUUUUUACACAUUUCCCCUCUAUUGGUGUCUGGUCAUGCUUAUGGAUUUUUGGUUUUAUUUUCCAAUGCUUUGAGUCAAUUUUGAGAUUUCUGUCUCAGUUCAAUAUGGAGAGCCAGCAAGUGAGCUUAGCCUAGCAAUGCUACGUCUGGAAAUGGGCAACUAGCUAGCUUGGCUGUAUCCAAAGGGAACCAAUGUAGCUUGACCAAUUAACACCUUAUAUAUAUAUUGUUUGUUUAAUUGGAUGUAAAAUAAGUGUUGGGUUUAACAGUGCUUCUGGACUAUUUCCUGAUUUGUUAAACAAACUUCCUGUUUUCACACAUUUCCCAUACAUCACUCCCGUAAAGCCACACAUUUUUUCAUUUUUAAAAAUCAACAAUUUUCCUAUUAUUUUCCAGUCUUUGUUGCUGGCUUCAUCUAACUAGACAAAAAAUACAUUUCCCCACACUUUAUUCCUUUGAUGUUGGUAAAACAAAUGACAUCUCCAGAAUCAAACUCCUUGGAUAACCCUCCUCAUAUUUCAAACCCGGACGAGUAAAAGCAUCUGCAUGACUAGAUACCACUAGAGAUUGAAGUGAGAACAUGAUGUCAGUGUGUUUUUGUCAAACCCAAAAGGCUCGGCAGGGAUCAUACUGAGAGUCGUGGGUGUCGGAUGCUACCAGCAGCUGGACAGACCAUUUGUUAGUCCCCCCCCCUUUCUCCCCCCUGGUCCUCCUCCUCUCUGUGCUGUAGAGCACAAACUGAGCAACACCAGCACAGCUGCCCACACCUCCUCUGUCCUCCAGCUCCAUGUUUACACACUGAAACGUUUCCACUGGGCACACAACACACACACUGCCCUGUCCUCACCACCAACAAGUCCUGAUUUCAGUUUCUUUCCUCAAUCCUAAACUUUUUUUUGAUUCACUUUAGUUUUGAUUCUCACACUUCCUAUUUUCCGAACUCCCUUCUCUUACAGCCGGCUCCCCCCUCCUCUUCCUCCUCUCAUGCCAGGUAGAUAUUUCCUUUAUUUCUCAGGAAGUAUUUGAUAGAUCAUUUUACGAGGAAAUGUAAUCCUGUCAGCAGCUCCCAUCGACACAGCACAACAACAACUACAUAAUCUUCCCCCCCCAAAAUUUAAAUUUUUGAAAAUCUCCCUCUUUUGACCUGCCAGUAAUAUAUCACCCAAAGGCUUUUUAAAAAAAACAAACAAAAAAAAUGCAAAUAUUACUCUCCAAUGUUUGGAGCAGCACCUGGGAGAGAGGCCAUAUUUAUAUUUUGUCGGAUUAAUCGUAGUAUAUUGUUUUUUCAGACAUGGGGAAAGCAUUUUUAAAGCCAGAGGAGAACAAGGACCCUUGAUCUGUGUUUUUUUUUUUUUUUGGAGAUCGGAAACUUCUCAAGUGUGGGGGUUUUAUAGCCAGACAGACAACUCGACACUUAUUCACUCGACUGACUGCUUUUAACCUUUUUUUGGUUUAUUUCUUUAUUUUUUUUGACAAGCGGAAUGGAUGAGAGGUCAAUCCGAGAGGCGAAAUGUGAAUCUCUCUCUCCCCCCCUUGACAAAAGUGUUGUAUAGACUCAUUUUUCAAACCUCUCCUUUGUUUGUUUUUUUGUUGUCGUUGUUGUUGUUGUUAUUGUUGUCGUCAGACAGCAUGGAAUAAUGACUCUUGCAAAGUGGCGCUGAAAAAGUAAAUAAUGACAUAACCAUGAAUAAAGGAUUGUAAAAUAUUAAUAAAAGAAGUACUUUUCAGAAAACUGAA